GAACAGAAGAAAGAGAUAAUAAAGAAGAUGUUCCAAAAGGUUGAACUGUGUGUAUCAAGUUAUGACACAGCUUGGGUGGCAAUGGUUCCAUCACCAACUUGUCCACAAUCUCCUUUGUUCCCCCAGUCUCUAAAUUGGUUAUUAGAAAAUCAAAACAUUGAUGGAUCAUGGGGUCUUCUUGAUGAUCGCAAUGAGUUAUUAUUAGCCAAAGACUCACUUCUAUCAAGCUUGGCUUGUGUUCUUGCACUUAAGCGAUGGAACGUUGGUCAACAGCAAAUCAACAGAGGACUUGGAUAUAUAGAGUCAAAAAUUGCUGCAGCUCACGACGAUAAGCAACAUUCUCCAAUCGGAUUCGAUAUUAUAUUUUCUCAUUUAAUUGAGCAAGCCCAGAAUAUGGAUCUUAAUCUUCCUCUUAGAGGGAAAGGCUUAGAGACAUUGACUCAAAAGAGAGAAUUGGAGCUCAAAAGUGGACGGGCAAGCAACACAGAAGGAUGGAAAGCAUAUGUGGCAUACAUUUCAGAAGGACUUGGGAAGUCACAAAAUUGGGAAAUGGCUAUGAAAUUUCAGAGGAAAAAUGGGUCUCUUUUUAACUCUCCAGCAGCCACUGCAGUUGCAUACACUCAUAUUAACGAUGCACAAUGUCUUGAUUAUUUAGUUUCUCUACUAGAUAAAUUUGAAAAUGCUGUUCCUGCAAUAUAUCCUCUUGAUGUGUAUUCUCGACUCCACAUGGUUGAUAGUCUUGAAAAAUUGGGCAUUAAUCGCCAUUUUAAAGAGGAAAUCGAAAGUGUACUGGAUGAUACAUGGAGAAUGUGGCAGCAAGAAGAAGAUGACAUAGUUUUAGAACCCACCACAUGCGCCAUGGCAUUUCGUUUACUACGUUUACACGGAUAUGAUGUUUCUUCAGAAGCUCUUGAUCGUUUUUCAGAGAACAAUUUUUGGAUUACCCUUCAGGGUUAUCUCAAGGACGUGGAGGCUGCUUUGGAAUUACAUAAGGCUUCACAAAUAGUUUUACAUUCAAAUGAUUUAGUUUUGAAAGAACUAAACUCUUGGACAGGAAACUUUCUUCAUGAAUAUUCGUCCUCUUCUUCAACAAAUACUCAUAAACAUUAUAAUCAUAUUGACCAUGAGGUGGCUUUUGUUUUGGGUUUUCCACAUCAUGCUUAUUUGGAUUUGAUAUUGAACCGAAGAUGUAUAGAACAUUACAAGGUGGAUCAAAAGAGAAUUUUUAAAUCUUCAUUUAGUUCUUUGAGCCUCACAAGUAAAGAAUUCCUGGAAUUGGGAGUGGAAGACUUCAAUCACCGCCAGUUGUUAUUUCGUGAAGAACUCGAUUUGUUUAAUAGGUGGCUUAUGGAGAGUGAAAUGGAGAAACUACAUUUUCCAGUUUCAAAAACAAAAGCUGCCUAUUGCUUCUUCACGGCUGCUACAACCCUCACUUCCCCCGAACUUCGUGAUGCACGUCUGACGUGGGCAACACAAGGCUUUCUAAUUUGUGUGGUCGAUGAUCUCUAUGAUGUUUGGGGUACUAAAGAGGAACAAAUCAAUCUCAUACAAUUGAUGCAGGAGUGGGAUGUAGAUGAUGUCCACACAGAAAGUUGUUCUGAGACAGUGAAGCUAAUAUUUUUAGCACUAAAGGGAACGAUUUGUGAGAUUGCAGCCAAGGCAUAUAAAGUUCAAGGACGACGUGUGUUGAACCACUUGAUUCAGAUUUGGGUGGAUUUGCUGCAAUCUUUUUUGAAAGAAGCAGAAUGGCGCAGAAGCAAACGUGUGCCAAGUAUAGAAGAAUAUGAGCGAAACGGAAUUAUAUCAAUGGCCCUGGGACCAACUCUCAUCCCUUUACUGUAUCUUAUUGGACCCAAGCUUCCUCAGGCUGUAAUCGAAAGUGAUGAAUAUAAUUGCCUUUUUGAGGUUGCCAGUCUCUAUGGGCGAUACCUCAAUGAUAUUAAUGGCUACCAGAGGGAAAAAGAACAAGGGAAAUUGGUGAACUCAGUAACCUUGCGCUUGAUUCAUGGGUGUGGGGCACAAAGUGAAGAAGAGAUCAUAAAGAAGAUAAAGAGUAAGAUUGAUAACAUGAGAAAAGAGAUCCUGAGAUUAGUGUUGCUGAAAGAAGGAAGUGUAAUUCCAGGGGAUAUUAAAGAUGUGUACUGGAAAAUGUGCAGAUCACUUCACUUCACUUACAAUAAGAAGGAUGAUGUGGUUCAUGCAAAGAAGAUGCCUAACGAGAUGCUAAACAUCGAAGACAUAGUUCUCAAUAAUCCCAUCAUCUUGAAUUCAUAAAUCACGUAGCUAGCAUUUCAAUAGGGUCUAUGGGAAUUGUUCCUAUCUAUCUGUUAUCCCGCUUAAGUCUUAACCUCAUGUCUUCAGCGAAUGAAGAAUGAUUCGGAGAUUAUUAGCAUGCACCAUAUCCAUAUUGUAAAAGAUGAAGUUAAGAAGAUAAAAAAUUCAUCAGCAUUAGUACUUUUACUAUCAAAGUGUACUGUGAUAGGCUCAAAAUUGUGUAAACCUAUGAUUAUGCAAGUAUAUAUACAGGUCAUGUCAAGUAUCAGUGAUAAA